AUGAUACAGUGCUGCGGGGAAUUACCUCUAACACCUUGGAGAAAACUGGCAGUAAUGGCGGCGGACAGGGCAGCAGCGGAUCUGAUAGAGGAACGUCUUCGUUUAAUUUUCCAAGCUUUAGGAAAUGCCGAGGAACAAUUGAGCAUAGGCUGCUAUAAACGUGUUGAGGAAAGCAUGAAAGACAUGAGAAACAACUUAGUCAGCUUAAAAGAGGAGGUUUUUUCCGCCCUUAAAGACGAGGAAUACGAAGACAAAGAAAAGCUGCAAGAAGUAUUUGAGUUCAAAAUCUCUCAAGAUUUGCUUAUGCUUGAAACGUCUGAACCUCUUGGACAAGGGGGCUUUGGGAAAGUUCUCAAAACUGAUUUUAAAGGGAAUCCUGUUGCUGUCAAAGUUAUCAAGACAGUACAGGAUAAAGAUGCAAAAAGAAUACCGUUAACUGAAGGAAGGCUUUUAAGGCACUUGAGUCACGACAAUAUUGUAGCCUUCCGAGGCAUGGGACAGCUAGAUCAAGAUGUAGAAAGCCAUGGAUUGAAGCGAGAUUCACAUUUCAUUGUCAUGGAAUACAUUGGCAAUAAUCUGAAGAAGUAUGUAGAGAAACAGACAACACAUGAAAGUAAAGGUCUACCGCUGUACUUGGUGUGGGAUUUCGCUAGACAAAUUGCAAAUGGUUUGGAAUAUCUACAUACGAUGGGAGAGCCGUUUAAGCCAAUAGCACAUCGUGAUUUAAAGCCAGAUAAUAUACUAUUAGAUACAAGCCCAAUGAGUAUGAGAGUUAAACUGGCAGAUUUUGGCCUUGCAUAUCAAGAUAUUUUUGAAGGUCGAGAAAGCCAGUUUAAUAUUCGAUGGGCGGCGCCUGAAAUAUGGAGGAAGCUAAUAGAUGAUUCAUAUGAUGAUUUCACUGAUGAUACUGAUGGGGAAGAUGUUGCUGAAGAAGAAGAGGCUGAGAGAGAAGCAACACCGCGAGAUUCAAGUAAGCAUUCUGGGGGAUCAAGAUCAACGAAAUCAGGCUAUUAUCCAGCAAACUAUGAAGCAGAUAUUGGAUUUUACCUUCAAGCUGAUAUUUACUCGUACGGCAUGGUGAUCGCUUUUUGCCUAACUGGAGAUUCCCCUUGGGGCAAUGUUGUAACAACCAUUUUAGAGUAUGGUGAAGACUGGGAUCCAGCAAUUGCCAAAGUAACCCUUCCUACUAAUUUACCAGCAGAGGAUCAUGCACGAAAAAUCAUAGAGUUAUGCUAUACUGAAAAUAUUGAUGAAAGGCCCAAAACUGCACAAGAUGUUGUCCAGUUGUUUUUCAGAGGCAAGAAGAAUCCGUACAAGUCAACCCCUUCCAGAGCAGAGUUCUUCUUCUGCGGCUUUUUAACAAAUACUAGCAUAUUUGUUGCAGACAGUCUCGUCAGUGAGACUAGUGAAGGCUACUACAGAAGUAAGGAAAUGCCAAGAGGCUACCCGCCCAAUUGCUUGAUAUGUGAAGUUGAUGUCGAUAAUCGUCCAUAUCACAUCCUGCCGAAAGCAAUGGAAGAAUGGGAAUACUAUGAAACAUAUAAAGAAAAAAUGAGAUUUUUCAAUGAGCAAGCAGAGAAAAAGUUUAUCGAAAAUAACCCAACAAUCGCUUUGAAGAUGCUAGUAACGCCGAGAGAAGGUGAGCUUGAAGAGCAGGAAAUACUUCUGAAUUUUGCAGAAGGCACGUACGUUCAUCAUAGAGCGAUGAGGGACAUAUGGAGGAAUCUAAGUGACGUAGAACGGGAGCAGCUUGUGCCGUCAAAGAGCCAGGUGAACAAAGCGUACAGCACUUCAUUUGGCCUGCAUGUAGCAGUGCUCACUGCCGAUGAUCCACCGAAAUUUCUUUUCUGUCGGAGAGCAAACCGAGUUGGUAUGUCAUCUCCACGGGAAUACACCUGUGGUGCAGUUGAGAGCGUUUCAAAGAAAGAUUGCUUUGAAAACGAAGCAACAAAGAAAACUUAUGUGUCACUCUUGAAAACUGCCUCUCGUGGUCUCGAAGAAGAGCUUCGUGUGGAGCUGGUUGGGGACGAGAUUGGAGCAAUAUGUCUGACAACAGUUUAUAUGAAGUAUGAUACUCAUGAGUGGGGCAUGUGCGGCUUUGUUGACCUGAAUGAUCCACGAAUCGCAGCAGAGAGGCGACUUUCUUACAAACAAUUGCAGUCUCGCUUUACUGGCGGCCCCAAGGACAAGUUCGAGCAUGACCUGGUUGAAGCAGUCGACUUCACUCUCGAAAAUAUGAUGGAUUUUGUGCGCACAAAUUUCAUGGAUUUUGCCAGCUCUGGAAAACUUGUUGUCGUCAAAGUGUUGCAGUCAUUCUUCGGUAUGCGAAGAGUAGAGCUUGCUUUUCAAGCUGUUGAUACUUCAUAG